UGACUCGUGGUUCUGGAACAAUCUACUCUAUGACCUCACGGAUUUUCUGGGAAGAGAAGCCUCUGCCAUUCCUUGCAGGUGUCCAGGGAGUGGUAAUUUGCAUAUCGUUGUCUAGACACAGGUUGAAUCUCUCGCAGUCAGGCCCGUGUAAAGUUGGUCAUAGAAUCCAACGAAUGCCGGAAGAUCAUUGCUUCUCUAUUGAGAUCGGCGUCAAUGUACGGGGAAUUGAAGGGAAGUGCAUCUUUUAAGGUUGCGCUCACUCCAGGAGCCCAUCCAAAUUAGGAUCAGACCAAUCCGGAUCCGGCGAUCCGGGGACUGCCCCUUAAUCUAACCUCGUCGACCCCUGUGAACUCUUGCAAACCGAAC